GGAUGCCACAGGAGAUGUAUUCAAUAUGGUCGAAGUGGCCAUAUGUUUUUGGACAUAGUUUUUGUGUGAUAAGAGGUCUUGCGGCAGAGGCUUCAACGAAUGCCAGUGUUUUAACGAUAACUUUGUUUACUGUGGAGAGGUACCUUGCUAUAUGUCAUCCGUUUGUGUCACACAAAAUGUCGAAGCUGUCGCGAGCGACAAAGCACGUGAUGUGUCUGUGGGUGGCGGCGGUGAUGCUGGCGUUACCUCAGGCCUUGCAGUUUGGCAUCAGAGAGCACAAAGGAGUAGCAAUGUGCCUACAAACCAGAGUCAUCAUAGAACAUUCGUUCGAAAUAUCGACGUUCUUCUUUUUCUUGGCACCGAUGGUGCUGAUCACGGUGCUGUAUUCACUAAUAGGGCUGAAACUAAGAGAGACAAGCAUAAGCAAAGAACAGUCACAGAAAGAUUUCGAAUCAACAAUGAGAUAUACACAUAAAAUAAGUCGAAAACACAGCCAGUCCACAAGGAGAGUUGUCAAGAUGUUAGUGGCAGUGGUGGUGGCGUUUUUCAUUUGUUGGGCGCCUUUCCACGCUCAGCGGCUCGUCGCCAUUUAUGGAACGACUGAGAACCACCUGGCACGCUCACCGAUACUCCUUUCUGUGUACUCGUUCCUCACCUAUACUUCUGGAGUUUUCUACUACAUGUCUACGUGCAUCAACCCCAUAUUUUACCACAUAAUGUCCAAUAAAUUUAGAGACGCUUUCAAGGUCGGCAAACGUGCAGACGGAUUACCUUAUGGUAAGCAAUCGGCGCCCAUGAACACCCGCAACACCAAAGUAGUUACGAGUAAUUCACUGAAGAACUCGUUGCGGCAAGAGCCUAGUAUCCGUAACAAGAUGAGGCAGGACAGCAGGGAUCGGUUCCUGCCGACAGUACACGUCUGUCACAACGGCAGGACCAUAGUCACCCCUCCACUCCAUGACUACAGGACCUGCAAGAACCACUCCUACCAGCUAUCUUUAAAAGACGAGAUUAUUAAUAAUAGGAACUCGUACCUCGACACAGCUUUGCGAUUAGCAGAUGACAGGAGAAGGCCAUGCUCCCCAGCUUGCUGCACCUACCCAUCAUCCCCUGCGGAAACCAUCUCAGUGACCCCCGAUGGCAUUGUACCAAUAGAAAGCGCAGAUUACUCAGCAGACGAGCCAGAAAAGUAUCUCAAGGAAAUCAAACUAAGAAUAAUACAACGGGAAAAAGAGUACGGAUAA